CGGACAAUGUAUAUAGUUUUCCUCAUGUCUGAAUUGACCCCUGGACACCAUUAUUAUCGCCUUGUUCAUUAAUCACGAUUUCCAAUCAUCAUGUCUUUCUUCGAAGGACCACCGAAGCCCAAAACUGCACUUGGCUGGCACCGCGUACUUUCUCCCUCCGCGAAUAUCAAAGUCUCCCCGAUAGUUUUCGGAGGCAUCAGUCUGGGGAACGAGUGGAGCGAGCUGUUUGGCGAAAGCCAGGACCCCUCCGCCCUUCUCGACGCAUACUUCUCCCUCGGCGGGAAUUUCGUCGACACGGCCAAUCACUACAAUGCCGGGGAAUCCGAGAGGCAUCUCGGGGAGUGGAUGGAGAAGAGGGGAGUUCGAGAUCAGAUGGUGAUAGCGACGAAGUACGGUGGUGGUCUUCGCAUGCAUGAUCGGGAGAGCGAGCCGUUGCAGAGUAAUUUCACGGGACCGGGUGCGAAGAGCUUGCGCCUCUCGGUCAAGGAGAGUCUUCAGAAAUUGAGGACGGAUUACAUUGACAUUCUAUACCUCCAUUGGUGGGAUGUAUCAGCUUCUGUAGAGGAAGUCAUGCGAAAUCUGCAUGCUCUGGUUCUCGCAGGAAAGGUAUUGUAUUUGGGAAUCUCUGAUACUCCUGCAUGGGUGGUCGUCAAGGCCAAUGAAUUUGCUCGAAGAAAUGGCCUCACGCCCUUUUCAGUUUAUCAAGGCCGAUGGAGUGUCGCUUUUCGAGACAUGGAAGCAGAAAUCGUCCCAAUGUGCGAAGAUCAGGGCAUGGGGAUUGUAACCUGGGGUUCCGUCGCAGGAGGUCAGCUUAUGACUGCAGAGGAAAGGCGAAAGCGAGAUGAAGACCCCAAUGCGCCAAAGAGUUACUAUCCUACAACAGAGAGCGACAUUCGAAUUUGUAACGUCCUGGAACGUCUUGCGAAGGAGAAGAACACUACACUAAGGAGCGUUGCUUUGGCAUAUCUAUUCCAUCAGUCAACUUAUGUUUUCCCCAUCGUUGGUGUCUUAACCGUCGAGCACGUUAAGGCAUUCCCCGAUGCAUUGAGCAUCAAACUUUCGAACGAAGAAAUCGACGAGAUUCACAAUGCAGCCCCGUUCAACCCACUUUUCCCGAUGACGUUCCUUUUCGGGGAGACGGGGUACAAUCUCAGGAAGACAGUGGCCGAUCAGGUUCACUAUAAGAUGUCAACGUGGAUCGACGCACCGCCAAAACCACUACCAUAUCAGCCUCGUUCAUGA